CCUGCGAAGACUAAGGUGACGAGGUGAGCGCGUGCCGUCGUCCAGACAAGCUGUGUUUUCACUGGAGGCAAACAUGAGGUUUCGUUUGCUGAGGAGAAACCUGCUCGCCCUGCUGGGGGUCGCCUUCGUGGUGGUGACUCUCCUGCUCUCCACUCGGGUUUUGGUCGUUUCUGAGCAGGAAAGUGACUUUCAAUUACCCGGAACUGUGACUGACAGGAAUCGGGACUCGCUGUCGUGUGACACGUUCAGGUUCAAGUAUGACUCUCUGGACGGAUUGAGGCAGUCCGUUUACGGUGCCAAUUACAAACAGUGCGUUUUCAACGCAGAGAAGUUCCCAGGAGAGCCCCAGCUGGUUCUGGUCGUGCAGGUUCACAACCGUCCAGAAUACCUCAAACUGCUCAUCAGGUCACUGGAGAGAGCCGCAGAGGUCCACAGUUUCCUCCUGAUUUUCAGCCAUGAUUACAUUUCUGAGGAAAUGAACAGAAUUGUGCGUGGGAUAACUUUCUGCAAGGUACUGCAGAUUUAUUUCCCCUUCAGCACUCAGCUGUAUCCCCAUGAGUUUCCUGGGCAGGAUCCACGAGACUGCCCCCGAGACCUGUCCAAGGACAAAGCCCUCAAAACAGGAUGCCUCAACGCCAAGCACCCGGACUCGUACGGACACUACAGGGAAGCUUUCAUCACGCAGACCAAACACCACUGGUGGUGGAAGCUGCAUUUCGUGUGGGAGCGAGUUCACGCCAUGCAAGGCUACAGCGGCUUUGCCAUCUUCCUGGAGGAAGACAACUACAUCCUACCGGACUUCUUCAGUUUUCACAAAUUAAUGGCUGAGUUUAAAAAGACUUGCUCAGACUGCGACUUGCUCGCUUUGGGCAAUCACAAUGACUUGAGUGACUUCACCAGCGUUUCUAAUCAAGUGUUAACCACGGGGUGGCUGUCCACCAAACACAACAUAGGUAUGGGCAUCUCCAGGGAGGUGUACUACAAGCUGAUGGGCUGCAGUGACGAAUACUGCACUUACGAUGACUACAACUGGGACUGGACGCUGCAGCACCUUUCCGGAACCUGCAUAUCCAAGCCUCUGAAGGUUCUAGCCGCGCUGGGGUCCAGGGUCCUCCACACAGGAGACUGCGGCCUCCACCAGAAGGAGAGCUGCAAUCCUGAGCGUGCCUUAAAGAGGGCAGAGGAGAUCGUGCUGAAGGCUAAAAGCAGCCUGUUCCCUCAGUCGCUCGUCCUCAGUGCUGCAGAGACGGUGGAGCACAAAGCCCACAUGAAGAACGGAGGAUGGGGGGACAUCCGGGAUCAUAUUCUGUGCAAAAACUAUGCCAAACGUCUUUGAAAUGACACCUUUUCUUCAGCCUAAAAUUGCAGAUGUGUCAUAUUUAAAUGGAUUCAAUUGGCGCCGUAAUGGGUCGUGGAUAUUCUUCGAUUCAAAUGUUUGACAUGCAAAAAAAAAAAAAGUCAUCUUUUUCAUUCACCAAAGCCUUACCGAUGCCAAAGACUUUUUUUCUCAGUGUUUCACAAGCCAAAAACUGAUCAGAUUUGUAGAAAAUUAAUAUAUUAAAAGGGUAGAGUCUAUGACUAAGACAUUCCGCUUUGGUUUCCUGACCUGGGGUCGUGAACCUAAACUUGACUGUCAGGCUGCCUGCCUUAGAAGUCACCUGAUUGCUGUUUGACGUCUCUUUAUGUAACACAACUUUCCACUUUUUCAUGACGGUGCCUUCCUCACAAUGUUGUUUAUAUGGGGGGGAGGAAUUCCCAUCGUAAGAAGACAAAGUGGAAUUUAUGUAGCAGAAUGUAAACUGUGGGACCAAAGGGAAAUUUUGGGGUGCUAUUUGAGCUUAGUUUACUUGUCACACUGACUCGUGUGCUUUUCCAGGUGGGGUUAAGACCACAAAUUGAUUAUGUGAUGCCCUUUUGGAAUCGCUUGUAUUGUGUAAAUAUCAGGGUCACAUGUUCUGCUUUAUCACAUUUGCACCUUUGUUUUCCUUUGGAACAGGUUUGGGAUUGUUCAUUUAAAUAAGAGCAGCAUUAAAUUUAAAGAGAUUUUUUUUUUUUUUUUAGAAUAUUUUUUUAAAUGAUCUUUGCUUUGUAACUGUGACAGUAACAGCAGUGAUUAUUUGUUUUUGUUUUUAAAGCUAACCAGAAGUGCCCCCCCCCCCACCCUCUAAAUUGGCUUGGGAAGAGAUUUCUAUGCACUGAUAUUAUUAUCAGCAAAGUACUUACCAGUGAUUUUAUGCUGUAAAAAUGUAUGGAUCCAAUUUACUUUUAUUUUUUUUUGGUAAUUAUGAAAUUUUUUAAAACAAAAAAUUUAAAUUCUGUUUCUUAAACAACAGUGACACCAGGAAAAGAGGUUGAACCUGAUGUGCCUUAGUGGAAUUCCUUCAAAAUAAAAGGAAUGGAAUAAUGCAAUACAAUAAAAGCUUCGGGGAAAUGCAGAUCAUGAUUCUAAAUUGACUAUCUUGUGUGUAUAUUUGUAAUUUCUUUGUUCUGAUUUUUUUUUUUAUGAACGGUGCCAAAUAUUACUUUGUCACACUUUCUUUUUGCUCUGAUAAUCACUUGAAUUCGGUGUUCACUCUUUGUGCCAAAUGGGAAAAUAAAAUGUUUUUUUCUCUGUC